CGGGUGUUCAUUCGCGUGUCAGACGUGGUUGAGGUAGGACGUGCGUGUCAGGCGCUCUCCCUUCUACACGGCAAUCGCGUUACACGUCGUGCAUACACAUCGCGGCUGGAGGCCACACGUCAUCGUUUCACGUGCGCGGCUCAUCGACGAAUCCUGAUACUCCACGGUACCGAGUUUUUUUCGCAUUAGACACCGAGUGAGAGAGGCAGAGGAUUCACGUGUCAAAGUCUCGGGUGCUUGGUUCAUCUGCCUUGAAUCACAGGAACCAAGUCAGGAUCAUGGUUAUAUGAGUGGUACGAGAUCUUUUGAAGCUGAAAAGUGGAACACGCUUCAGCUUUUUGUUCCAUUCUAAUUUCUCGGCGUUAAAAAUAUUCUGUCACGGUAGCGAACCAUCUCGCCAGCGUCGCGAGGCUUAGGACACCUAGCCAGCACCUGGCAGCCUCGAAGAGGACACCCAGCGACGCGGACGUUCUCCAAAGUUCUCCAACAGAGUUCCUCUGCUUCUGAAGGAUCGAUCAGCCGCGAGUCUCGAGGCCGGGCGAUCUACGAGGGAUCAUGACUCGUAUGCUGCUCCAAGAGCCUGGCUGGAAGGUCGAGCGCAAGGGCUCCGCUCUCCUGUUGAGGAGGGACAGCUCCCAUCCGAAGACUACUCGCGUCUGCUUCCGUUGCGAUGUGGAGGUGCGGGAGUUCGAGCGCGACGAGGAUUACGUUAUUGAAGCUGAACCAGAGGCAACCGCCAGUCCCCUAGCGAUGUGCGCCAGUUGCCUGGCAGCUCUCUGCGUGACUGUGAUCCUACCCUGGCUGCUGAUUGGCGGUUAGGGACCUCGGACAGUCUUGAUCUCUAGGGGGAUGUCAGGCGACCCGUACGACCCCGUCAAGUGGAUACGAUCGAAUGGUCGUCGAACUGGUUCGACGAGUAGGACACUGGGGGAUCUUGGACCAUUGUGGCUUAGAUCGAUGCUAGGGAUUAGGACGCGAGGAUCCAGACCUAGGAAUGUUGAUCGAGGACUCUCGAACUGGAUGUUCGAGUGCUAUCUGGGGGAGGAUGGAGACAGUUCCUAACUAGCAUUGUUAGACGGGUCGGAGUUUUGAAAUGUACGCUUUGGACGUGACGUCAGAGUAUUUCGAGUGAAACGUCGGGGACUUUGGUUGUUUAUAAGUAUGAUCUGAUAGUCUUUUUGGGGGUUAAUGAACGGAGCGAGGUGAGGUGUAUACGCAUGUGUACGAGAAUAAAGAGUAACUGUUUAGCGUGUUGGUGACCUCACCGAUUUCGGUGAAUUUGGGGUGUGUCGAGGGUGAUAGGUCCGCGUGUGUUCUAGAAGAAAAAGUAGUAGUUUACUUUUAGGCUCAUUGUCAGUACCUUUCUUCCAAAUAUAGUUUAAGGACAUUGUAAUCGGUGAGGUCGUUAACGUGGGAAAUAAUUACCAACUAUUUACAAUUGCGUAACGUUGAAUAAUUUUUAUAAAUUAUCGAUGCAAAGGACGCGUUAUAGCGAGGCUGGAUGUAUUAAAUGUGUUAAAUAUUACAUAUUACAUAUUUUUGAUUGGCUGUACAAAUGGAACUCCAGUUUUAUGUACUUAGCGACCAAAAUUGUGUUUGGUGGAAAUUGUAGAGAACUUGGUCAAAAAAUAAAUUUGUUUGGUGAAAACGCGGUCCGUUGGACGACACUGAUUACUUGGGUGACAGUGAUUCGCAGUGAUGAACAAAUGUUAUGGUCAUGUACAUAGUAGAUAACAAAUGAGGUUCGUGUAUAGCGAUUUAUUUUUAACGUUUAUUUAUUGUAUAUCAUUCAAUAGUCAUCGAGACAAGCUUUUACUUGUUCAAUGUAAGAUAUAGUUUCAUUUUACAAUUUAUAUUUUAUUGAACAAGUAAUUGAUCAAUAGUUGUUUAUCUUUUAUUCGAUAUUCGAACUUUUGAUUUAGAUAAGAAAUUUACCUAUCUUUUGUGAUUUUUGACAGCUUGCAUGCGUGCAUCAAUACGUAUGCAUGAAAUCAAUAUGGCGACAAUCGAGUGAUGCACUAGUUCAGACGUUUUAAGCCUUCCUAACCUUUUUAAGCGUACCUGUGUCACACUAUCGCAGUAACACCAUCUUGCAUUUCAGUCACAACUAUGCAUGUACGUAUGAGGAAGGGGUACCUCAUCGUUCUUAACAUUGUCCCUCAUGCUGAAUGAAUUAGUGUCACCAUGUUAAGGGGACAUAGGUUAAGGGGAUUCUCUCGAGUCUCGGGUGAAGCAAAUUGUUAAAUAACACAAGUUUUAUAUAACUAACAAGCAAAGCAUUUUAGGUGUCCGCCUCCCAUUGCUCUAAUUUUUGGAUAUGUUUUAAAGGAUAUAUUAUAUUGGCCCGUUUUCAUAUUUAGGGGGUGAAACGACCCCCUAAAGUUUCACCUGUAAUAGGCUACUAUUAUAAACAAAUUAUCUUUUACAAAAUUUAGGGCCAGAUUUUAUAUGCAGAUAGAAAACCAUGAAACUUUUUCUUAAAGUUUUCUUCUAUCCAUGAUAGUUUCGGAGAUAGCCUAAGUAAAACUUUAAAUACAUUUUUGUUUAAUUGACAUUUUUUUUUAAUCGACAUUUAGGCUUUUUUUUAUUAUCACUUAGGCUUUCGAAAUUCCGUGAUUUUGUGAAUUUUCGAGUUUGCGCUCGAACAAUUGUCCAGGGCGCUAGAUUUGUAGGGUGUGUCGCAGCCCGGUGGCCCUAGUAUGCGACUAUACCCAUACUUUCUCAUUGUCUCGUCCAUGCUAUGUAGUUUAUCAAUUUUUACAAUUUAACUACAGAUUCAUGGUUUGAUAUUAUAACCUAUCUUUUUUUUUUUCAAUUUGAACUCCCGAAUGGGCGCCACGAUAAUCUUUCCCAGGGCACCAAUAUUACUAAACCCGUUACUGUAUAAAAUAAUAAUCUCUCAGUAUUUUCAGUUUUCAGUUACUGCGUGAGACGUUUACCAAUUACGAUGAAAUUUUCGCAUUGGAGUAUAAUUAAAAAGUCGUUUUUCAUAAAAGAGUAAAUUACAUGCAAAAGUUCAUGUGGCGUCUCCAUAAGUAUAAUAAUCAGCACAAAAAGUUUCAGUUUAAUACCUAGCGUGACGUUCCCAACAAAAAUUCUAAUUGUAGUCCAUUUUCCAACCCGAGGCAAGAGGGAACCCUUUAAUACGGUCGAGCGUUCAGCGAUGAGAUUACCGAUUAAGGAAGGAUUUGAACUCUCAUUAGGAACGCGAUUAAUUAGGUCAUUGAAAUUUUUUUAUAACGAGACGUUAAAAAGUACAAAAAUGGACUUUUGUAGGGAUUUUCAAUGACUUUUAAACGUAUGGAUUAGUAAAUACCGUAGAAACAAACAAAGGGCAGUCUUACCAUGAUUGACGUCAUUCAUCAAGUAGAAAACCCACGCAACAAACAAAAUAUCGAAAUACACGAGUGUGAUUAUUGUCCCUAUUCGAAUUCAAAACUCAAAAUUACGCAAUUUGAAAAGGGCAAUUACAAAAUGUCGACAUUAUCCCUAUUUGUCCAUCUUUGAGAGGUUUGAAAAAAAUAGAAGAUUCAAAACUAUCAGUUUAAAUCUGACAGGAGCUAUAAACAGACAUCCACUUUACAUUCACCCCAAAUUAUAAGUCGAUCGGUUCAGUAAUUCCUGAGAUAUGACGUCGACAGCCUCCAGAAACGUGCUCUUGAGAAAAAUACGCUUAAAGUUUUAGUAGCACUUUCAACCUAGCAGACCUUUCAUUCGAAAGCAUCGUAGCAUCGGUUAUUUUUCAAAUUUUAGUAUGAAAUCUAAAGGACACAAUUUUAGAAACUCGUCCUUUCAAAAAAUUCAAAAAAUAUAAAAGAAAAGAACAGUUGUUUUUUGUAACGUUUCUAAUGGAUGAAAUUCCUCUUUAAUCGAGCACCGUUUUUGCGGACGAAUCCUUUAGGGGAUUCAGGUUUCGAAGCAGUUAGGAAAAAAUAGUCGAUCGACCAUGUAUCGAAAGAGAUACGACCGUCUUUAUAUUUAUUCGUUGGCUCGCGUUCCCUUUGGAUUCCAUUUGACCUCGAAGAUGGAUGCUUCGAGAUAAAAACGAGCCCCCAAACAGCGUAUUUUUCGGUAUAGGUUCCAAAAUAUUGAAUCGAUAUCGUGUAUGAUUCAGCAGGAUCGCUAUUAACGAAUUUCCAUUCGUUUUUGUACGAUUUAUUUUUAACUAAGCAAGCACAGAUAUCAAAGUUAACUUACACAAAUUCAGUCUUUUAUUUAAAAAUGUUCAAAAAUUCUAAAUCUAGAUUUUACGCUGAAUCAGAAUCCAUUUUUAUUCCAAUAAUUUCAGUCUAUUUACUUCACUAUUUUUGUUGGCUAACUAACAAAUAUUACUCGAUUUCCAUCUCACAAAAUGGACUUUGGAGAUAUACUCGAUACAAGUUGUUAAUUAAACAUCGUUCAAUAAAGACCAAGUCGACCAGUCCCCAUUUACUUUAGCGCGAGCAAGCUUUAUCGAAUUCCCCGUGGCACGGAGUCAUUAAAUUCCUACCUCGCGUAAACCAAGGUGCAUUUUGUUCCGAUCUAUCAUUCCAGUAAAACCUUGCCCAUCUCCUGGAUGGGGGCUCGCGGUCCAAACGGAUCUAGUUGAAAGUCGAGAGAGAAAACGCGCGGCGGUGGACUUUCUGCAUAGAUACGUAAAAUGAGAGAAACAUCAAAGGGAGAGACGGCUUAUGUAUACUGUUCGAGCGUGCAUAAACCUCCUUAUCCGUUUGAUGGUAUCGACGAAUCCUCCAGCCACUGAAACGAUGGAGACCCUGUGCCAAACGAGAGCAGUACUCGAGGUGCUCGCAGGAAACCUUUCUACCUGCACUCUGCUUACGUUGCACGCGUCCUUCCUUUCUGAAAGCUCGCUACCGUGGACCCGAAUGCUCGUGUGUGCGUGCCAGCGAGCGUUCCAAAAUAUACGGGGAUAAAUGUUGCAAUGGGAGACAAUUACACUCGAAAAUAUUCACUGGCAAAAGCGCGAAAUAUAACAUUUUUGUUGUUGUUGGAGUCGCUUCCAUUCGCGAGAGAAUCGAUUCGAAUGGGCGCACACGGAUGCUCCACUCGAAAUUGAUGGAUCCACGUUUAGGUGUUCUUGUACACGGCGUACACGAGUGGUAAUUUAUGACACGGGAAUUCUGUUCUCCGUUAAUUAAAUUUGUAAUAUUUAUGCGUGAGCACGAGGCAGCGAAACGGGGCUGUAAAUAUUUGAGACGUAAUUGAGUCUCAUUUUUGGUGGUUUUUCAAACUAGUACUUAACGAAGAAUUUAUUAGAAGGACUAUCGGAUAGUUUUAAGCGAGUCAUUUAUGUUCCUUUUACCUCUCUCAGGUAUACAUCUUUCAUAAUCCUCGAAAAUGAAUCUCAUUUAAGUCUCUGAUGCAGAAAAAUAAAUUUCACAUUUCAUUUCUAUGAAAAAGUCUCUGCAUUCAACAACGUAAAAAGUAGCAAACCUCCCUAUUCGAUAAAUUACUGUUUCCUAGUCUCGUCCCACGUAUUUCGAGACACUCAGUGCAGACGUAUAUAUAUUUUUCUUUAUCGAUUGUCCGUUUAACAACGGGCCUUGUGAUCUGUUCAGCCAGAAGAAAUGUAAUCGACGAUAUACGUCGCUUCGUUCGAACGGUUUCCAUCGAUGAUCGUUCGGUCGAGCGACUCCCGUUCAAUUGCUAGCGUUCGAUUCUCUCGAUCAAUUAAGUAUUUUCCCUAGCACGGUCCGGAAAGCCAGAGGAUAAAAGCUCCUCGCCAAAUGGAAAAGUUUUCACGGUUAAGGCGCACCAAAUCGCGAAAUCGGGCCAAGCUUCGAUCUCGAAGACUUCCGAUUGCGCUAUAGUUGGUUGCUUCCUUUGAUAGAAAAGGGAGGAUGUAUCGCGUGUAUUUUAAUCAAACCCGAAUUCCGCUCCAAAGAAUAUUCUCUGCGAUCAGAGAUUUGCGAAAUCUUAUUCCGAAUAAUUGGUAACGAAUGAUGCAUAGAUACAUUAAAUUUUGUUUGCGACGAUUAGUCGAUUGGCCAGUUGCUUUUGUUUUUUAUUUAUUGAGAGAUAUUGUAACGCUGCGCCACAAUCUUGAUCGUCAUAACAGGAAUUCGCGCACGAAAAGAUUUUCUCUGUUAUUCGCGAAUCGUAUUUUGAUUAACGAUACAGAUUGUUACGUUCGAGGAUGUUCGAUAAAUUUACGCGGACCGUCGAUACAACAUAUAGGAUACAAAGUGUCAUUGAUAAAUCAUAUGUGUGCGCGCAUGCGUGGAAUUUUAUUGCGAAAGAUAGGUAGAAA